AUAACCAGGGUCGUCUGCAGACUCACCCGGUGCAUCGACACAUGGCGAUACUGGUGGAGAAUUCAGCACAGGAAGCGAUGGGAACCAUUAAGGAGAAGGGAAAUGCUGAGAUACUGGAGUGGGAGCUGGAUGAGCUGCUGGCCUGGACCAACACUCUCAACUUUGAGGAGUACAUGCAGGAUUGGAGAGGUUUGGCCUGCAGUGACUCCUCUGAGCCAAGCAAAGAUUCAUAUUCAUAUCCACCCAGGUUAGAUCAACACGAGCUUGCUGCUGUGGCUGCUGAAGACGGUUAGAUUCAACAGAAUAAAGUCAUUUAUGUUAAAACCAUCACAGUGCUUAUGUGAUGAUUUAACUAUACACAUUUAAACAUAAUUUCCGAGAGACAUAUUAUUCAUGCAAUCAAGUUAUUAUCGAUGCUAUCACUUCAGAAAAAUAUGAUUAAUGCGAUGAGUUUAUGUUGAUUUGUGCUAGUACAGCGGUUAAGUGAU